CGCGGGCGGCCAUCUUGGAAGCUGAGGCGGAGGCGGCGGCGGCGCUGCGGCGGUUGCGGCGGUCCGGUCCCGGCGUGGUGCGGCUCUCUCCGGAGUGGGCCCCACUCUUCCGCACCCUGCUCCGGCCUCGACCACGGCGAGCCUGAGCGCGGCGGCGGCCCACGCGCGGCGACGGGGAGAGGUGAGCGCGCGCGCCCGCCUGCGCCGGGGCCUCGGACUGCUCGUCCGCCCAGCGGAGCCGGCCGCAGCGGAGGGCCGGGGGCGCGGGGCUGCGGGAGACUCCGCACCGCCUGUCUCCGUUCUCUCCCGCCGCCCGCGGAGCCCCGGCCCAGAGCGUCUCUGCGCAGAGCCGGAGAUGAGCAACAACAGCAAUAAGAGAGCUCCAACAACAGCCACGCAGAGACUAAAGCAGGACUACCUUCGAAUUAAGAAAGACCCAGUGCCUUACAUCUGUGCCGAGCCACUCCCUUCAAAUAUUCUCGAAUGGCACUAUGUCGUCCGAGGCCCUGAGAUGACCCCUUAUGAAGGUGGCUAUUACCACGGAAAACUAAUUUUUCCCAGAGAAUUUCCUUUCAAACCUCCUAGUAUUUAUAUGAUAACUCCCAGUGGAAGAUUUAAGUGCAAUACCAGGCUGUGUCUGUCCAUCACGGAUUUCCAUCCCGACACGUGGAACCCGGCCUGGUCUGUGUCCACCAUCCUGACCGGCCUCCUGAGCUUCAUGGUGGAGAAGGGCCCCACCCUGGGCAGUAUAGAGACGUCGGACUUCACGAAAAGACAGCUGGCAGCGCAAAGUUUAGCGUUUAAUUUAAAAGAUAAGGUCUUUUGUGAAUUAUUUCCUGAAGUUGUGGAGGAAAUUAAACAAAAACAGAAAGCACAAGACGAACUGAGUAGCAGGCCCCAGACUCUCCCCUUGCCAGACGUGGUUCCAGACGGGGAGACGCACCACGGCCAGAACGGGAUGCCGCUGCUCAACGGGCACGCGCCGGGGGCCGGCCCGAACCUCGCGGGGCUCCAGCAGGCCAACCGGCACCACGGACUCCUGGGCGGGGCCCUGGCGAACUUGUUUGUUAUAGUUGGGUUUGCGGCCUUCGCCUACACAGUCAAGUAUGUGCUGAGGAGCAUCGCACAGGAGUGAGGCGCACGGGAGCCAGCCCCACGGCCGCUGUCGAGGGACGCCGGGCGCCAGAGCUCGACGUGGGCAGGCUGGACGCGCCGCCGCGUGCAGGCAGACACGCCAGAUUCCUGGGUUUAGCUUUUUAAAAACCUUAAAAGGAAAGCAAAAACCAAAAUGUGUGGUUCAGAUUUGGAGGAGGCUUGAGGUUCUCAGCCCCCUCUCGCCCCCGUGCCUGUUGGGGCUGGCGUGGAGGAGGGCCGCUCACACUUUGGUUUUUAUAGCUUAUCUCUUGUAUUGUCUUUAGACCUGUUUUAGUAAACCUGUUUUUCAUUUUAUUAGAUUUGGUCACUUAAAAACAUACAACUCAAUGCCUGUCAAACACCUAGUGCAUCGCCAGGCAGGAGCCAGGGCCUGGCGGAGGGGCCGGCACGCGUGGUCCGAGGCUCAGCAGGGCCGGGUUGGCUGGCCAGCGACAGCCACGGAAGGGGGGCCAGGAGGCGCGUGGGACUUGGUGUCAGCAUUUGAAAAUGUGUUUAUGGUCAGUUAGAAUGAAAACAUUCUAGAAAGUG